GAAUGUGGGCCAUAGCCAAAAAAGGCAAAGCUAUGCCCGAGUCCUUGACAGGGUGGUCAUGACGAAGGAGACCGGCCCUCUGCAAGCUGGCCACCGUUUCCAUCGUCUUUCCCUCUCCAUCGCACUUCUUCAUUCUUCUCUUUUAGUUCCUACAUGUUCAACGUGUCCGAUCAGAAGAAGGAUCCGCAGAAGAAGUUUUUUGAAUUCAAUAAUAUGAAUAUCCAAUCAAUCGGUUUGAUGUGAAGGUGGCUUGAUUCAGACUGCAUUUUUCCUUAUUUUGAUGUAAUUUUUGUAAAAGAGUUAAGGAAUAAGGAAAGAAAGAAAUCUGUCGAGAAUAAUUCUUGAAGAAAUUAGCUCAAUUAUUGUUCAUGCUACAGAUAUUAAAGUUCGUGCUCGAUUCAUGAAGAGUUUGCGGGAAACUAUGCGUUUCCGGUCAAUUUUGCCGUUUGGUUGAUUAUAGUGAUGCGACAAAUUCAUGGGAGCUGAGGGAAGUUUGUCGUGGGUUGUUUUUUGGAGCUUUUGAUAUCUGAAGUAUCAGUGCAAACUCCAAAUCUGGAAGAAUUCACCAAGUUUGGAAGCCCUGGGGGCGAAUCAGUCUCGUCGAAGCCCGGUAGCGGCACAGACGAGCUUUGGAUUCUGGUUCUUUUCCCGUCCAAAUGCACGUCGAACUCAGUACCUUGAAUACCUUCCUCAGAUGGAUUUUGUAAGCGGGCAGGAUCCUCCUGCUUCUGACCAUCAGACCUCCUCCAAUGAGUCUUCUUCUGCAUCUCCUGCUGCUGCUGAAGAACCCGAGUACCUGGCGAGGUAUAUAGUAGUAAAGCACUCGUGGAGAGGGCGAUACAAAAGAAUUCUAUGCAUUUCUAAUGUUGCAAUCAUCACUUUGGACCCUUCAACGCUUUCCGUGACCAAUUCAUACAACGUCGCCAAUGACUAUGAGGGCGCGAGCCCGAUCAUUGGACGAGAUGAAAAUGUGCAGGAGUUCACGAUUAGUGUCCGUACCGAUGGUCGUGGAAAAUUCAAAGCUAUUAAGUUUUCAUCUAAGUUUAGGGCAAGCAUUUUGACUGAAUUGCAUCGGAUUCGGUGGAAUAGAAUUGGCAUUGUUACAGAAUUUCCUGUGCUUCAUCUUCGCCGAAAGACUUCAGAGUGGAUUCCUUUUAAAUUAAAAGUUACUGCCAUCGGAGUCGAAAUUUUUGAUAUACAAUAUGGGGAUCUCCAGUGGUGCUUGGAUUUUAGAGACAUGGGUUCUCCUGCCGUUAUUCUUUUGUCUGAUGGUCAUGGGAAGAGAAGUGUUGAUCAUGGAGGUUUUGUUCUUUGCCCUCUAUACAGCAGAAAAUCUAAAGCUUUUCAAGCUGCACCAGGGACCACAAACACUGCUAUUAUAGAAAAUUUGACCAAAACUGCAAAAUCCAUGGUUGGUUUGUCCAUUUCUGUUGAUAAUCCUCAAUCACUCACCACUGCAGAGUAUAUCAAACAAAGGGCUAAAGAAGCAGUUGGAGCUGAAGAAAAUCCUUGUGGGGAAUGGUCUGUGACGAGAUUGCGGACAGCUGCUCAUGGUACUGUUAAUUUUUUGGGAUUAAGUUUGGGAAUUGGACCCAAAGGAGGACUUGGGGAUAAAGGAGAUGCUGUAUCUCGUCAGCUAAUUCUUUCAAAAGCUUCACUUGUUGAAAGGCGCCCGGAGAACUAUGAGGCUGUCAUUGUUCGCCCCUUACAUGCAGUAAGUGCUCUUGUUCGAUUUUCUGAGGAGCCUCAGUUGUUUGCGAUUGAAUUCAAUGAUGGUUGUCCCAUUCAUGUCUAUGCAAGCACAUCUCGUGAUAGCUUACUUGCUGCAGUUCGGGAUGUUCUGCAAAUAGAUGGUCAAUGUGCAGUCCCUGUAUUGCCAAGGUUGACUAUGCCUGGUCAUCGUAUAGACCCUCCUUGUGGAAUAGUAUAUUUUCAAAUGCAACAAUUUCCUGUUGGAGCACCAUGCACCAUUGCUGAUAUGGAAAGCACAUCCAUGCAUUUAAAUCAUUUAACUGCAGCUGCCAAAGAUGCUGUUGCUGAAGGUGGUUCCAUUCCUGGGUCUAGAGCUAAACUAUGGCGCAGAAUUAGGGAAUUCAAUGCAUGUAUACCUUACAGUGGAGUUCCUCCUAACAUUGAAGUACCUGAGGUGACUUUGAUGGCCUUAAUGACAAUGCUUCCAGCAACACCCAAUCUGCCUCUAGAAUCGCCUCCACCACCGCCUCCAUCCCCUAAAGCUGCUGCAACAAUUAUUGGGUUUGUAGCAUGUCUACGCAGAUUGUUGGCAUCUGGAAGUGCUGCUUCACAUAUAAUGUCAUUCCCUGCUGCUGUUGGAAGGAUAAUGGGUCUUAUUAGAAGUGGUUCAGAGGGUGUAGCAGCUGAAGCUGCAGGACUUAUUGAUGUUCUAAUUGGUGGUAGUCCUGGUGAUACAAAUAUAUUGACAUAUACGAAAGGAGAACGGCAUGCUACGUUUAUGCACACCAAAUCUGUCCUAUUUGCACAUCAGUAUUAUGUUACCAUCCUUGUCAACAGGUUGAAGCCUUUGUCAGUGUCACCUUUGUUGUCAAUGUCUGUCGUGGAAGUUCUCGAGGCUAUGCUAUGUGAACCCUAUGGUGAAACUACUCAGUAUGUCACAUUUGUUGAAUUAUUACGUCAGGUGGCUAGCUUGCGGCGUCGCUUGUUUGCACUUUUUGGACAUCCUGCUGAAAGUGUUAGAGAAACUGUAGCUGUGAUUAUGCGUACAAUUGCUGAAGAAGAUGCAAUUGCAGCAGAUUCUAUGCGUGAUGCUGCCUUGCGUGAUGGUGCCCUGUUAAGACACUUGUUGUAUGCCUUUUUCCUUCCUGCUGGGGAGCGGCGUGAAGUUAGUCAACAGCUGGUAGCUCUAUGGGCAGAUUCCUAUCAACCUGCUCUUGAUUUACUGUCAAGGGUUCUUCCCCCUGGGCUUGUCGCUUAUUUGCACACUCGGACUGAUGGGAUUUUAGCUCAAGAUGCAGAGAGCAUGCUUAAUCAAGAAGCACCUUUGACUAGGAGAAGACAGAGACGCAUACUUCGGCAGAGGAAAGGUCGGGCUAUGAGAAGUGUGGCAUCUCAGGAUCAUGCUUUACCUUCUGUUAAUCAUGUUGAAGAUGCUGGCACAGACUUGCAGGUAAAUGCUGCUGCUUUUCGAGGGCCUGAACAAAAAUUCUCUCAAGAUGUGAAUCCUGGACAGUUUCCACCCUUAUGUUCCUCCACUACACGAGGAAGUAUUCAAAAGGUGUCAUAUUCUCCUGGGUUCCCGCAAACUGACCAGUCUGCCACUGUUGCUUCUGUUGAUGCUUCAGUAACUCCAUCCCAGACAUUGGAUUCAAAUGCUUCAAUUUCAGUUGAGUCUGAUCCCAAUAUGGUCAUUUCCCCAAAUUGUGGCCUCCCAGCCCCUGCUCAGGUUGUUGUGGAGAACACACCAGUUGGAUCAGGUAGGCUCCUCUGUAACUGGCCUGACUUUUGGCGAGUCUUUAGCCUAGAUCAUAACCGUGCAGACUUGAUAUGGAAUGAACGCAUCAGACAAGAACUAAGAGAAGCGUUGCAAGCUGAGAUUCAUGGGUUAGACGUUGUGAAGGAACGUACAGAAGAUAUUGUUCCUGUUGGUGCAACCACUGAUGUUUUGACUGGGAAAGAUAGCGUCCCUCAGAUAUCAUGGAACUAUACUGAGUUCUCUGUUAGCUACCCGAGCUUAUCCAAAGAAGUUUGUGUUGGUCAGUAUUAUUUACGGCUGCUUCUGGAGAGUGGCAGCAGUGGUAGGGCACAGGAUUUUCCUCUUCGAGAUCCAGUUGCAUUCUUUAGAGCUCUGUAUCACCAAUUCUUGUGUUAUGCUGACAUAGGGCUUACAGUGGAUGGUGCUGUUCCUGAUGAGCUGGGCUCAUCUGAUGAUUGGUGUGAUAUGGGAAGGUUAGUUGGUUUUGGCGGUGGUGGAGGCUCUUCAGUUAGAGAGCUUUGUGCAAGGGCAAUGGCAAUUGUAUAUGAGCAACAUUAUAAAACAAUUGGCCCAUUUGAUGGUAUUGCUCACAUUACUGUUCUGUUGGAUAGAACUGAUGAUCGAGCUUUGAGGCACCGCCUACUUCUUCUUCUAAAGGUGUUAAUGAAGGUUUUGACAAAUGUAGAGGCUUGUGUAUUGGUCGGUGGAUGUGUAUUGGCUGUAGAUCUUCUAACAGUAGCUCAUGAAGCUUCAGAAAGAACCUCUAUUCCUUUGCAGUCUAAUUUGAUAGCUGCUAAUGCUUUCAUGGAACCUCUAAAGGAAUGGACGUUAAUUGACAAGGAUGGUGUACAAGUUGGACCUGUGGAAAAGGAUGUCAUCAGAAGGUUUUGGUCAAAGAAGACCAUUGAUUGGACAACUAAGUGCUGGGCUUUUGGGAUGCUUGAGUGGAAGAGAUUGCGUGAUAUUCGUGAACUUCGUUGGGCAUUGGCCACUCGUGUUCCUGUUCUCACUCCAUCUCAGGUGGGAGAUGCUGCAUUGGCCAUCUUACAUAGCAUGGUAUCUGCACAUUCUGAUCUGGAUGAUGCAGGAGAAAUAGUAAUACCAACACCAAGAGUAAAAUGGAUAUUGUCAAGCCCACGUUGCCUUCCACAUGUUGCACAGGCUAUGCUUAUGGGUGAGCCAAAUAUUUUUGAGGGAGCUGCUGCUUUACUGAAAGCCAUUGUUGUGAGGAAUCCAAAGGCAAUGAUGCGAUUAUACAGCACAGGUGCAUUUUACUUUGCUCUGGCAUAUCCUGGAUCUAAUCUCCUCUCAAUUGCACAACUCUUCUCUGUGACCCAUGUCCAUCAAGCAUUCCAUGGUGGUGAAGAGGCGGCUCUUUCCUCCUCACUACCUCUGGCGAAGCGUAGCGUGCUGGGUGGGCUUCUUCCUGAGUCCUUGUUGUAUGUAUUGGAGCGUAGCGGUCCAGCUGCAUUUGCAGCAGCAAUGGUUUCUGACUCUGAUACCCCAGAGAUUAUCUGGACACACAAAAUGCGAGCCGAACAUCUGAUAUGCCAGGUUUUGCAGCAUCUUGGUGAUUUUCCCCAGAAACUCUCACAACAUUGCCAUUCAUUAUAUGAUUACGCUCCUAUGCCACCUGUGACAUAUCCAGAGCUAAGAGAUGAAAUGUGGUGCCAUCGAUAUUAUUUGAGAAACUUGUGUGAUCAGAUCCGUUUUCCAAAUUGGCAGAUUGUUGAACAUGUAGAAUUUUUACAGUCCUUGUUGGCAAUGUGGCGUGAAGAGCUAACUAGAAGACCCAUGGAUCUUUCUGAAGAAGAAGCUUGCAAAAUACUGGAGAUAUCCUUGGAAGAUGUAUCUGUAGAUGAUGCGGGCGGAAGCCAUCCUGUUGAGAUGUGUGAGGGGAUUACAAGCACAUCUAAGCAGAUUGAAAACAUUGAUGAGGAAAAACUAAAGCGACAAUACAAGAAACUUGCAAUGAGAUUCCAUCCUGACAAGAAUCCUGAAGGAAGGGAGAAGUUUCUUGCUGUACAGAAAGCUUAUGAGCGCUUGCAGGCUUCCAUGCAAGGAUUGCAAGGUCCACAACUUUGGAGGUUACUACUUUUGCUGAAGGGACAAUGUAUAUUAUACAGGCGAUAUGGGGAUGUUUUGGAGCCUUUUAGAUAUGCUGGUUACCCAAUGCUGCUUGAUGCAGUCACCGUGGACAAAGAUGACAACAACUUUCUUUCUUCUGAUAGAGGGCCCCUUCUUGUUGCUGCCUCAGAAUUAGUGUCGCUGACGUGUGCAUCUUCUUCAUUAAAUGGUGAAGAGCUCGUGAGGGAUGGUGGAAUACCACUUCUUGCAAAUCUUUUUUCUCGUUGUAUGUGUGUUGUCCAGCCAACGACUCCUGCAAGUGAACCAUCUGCCAUUAUUGUUACAAAUGUGAUGGAAACAUUUUCUGUCCUGAGUCAAUUUGAAAGUGCCAGAGUUGAGAUGGUUAGGUUCAGUGGAAUAGUUGAGGAUAUCGUGCACUGCACUGAACUAGAGCUUGUGACUGCUGCUGUUGAUGCUGCACUUAGGACUGCUGCUCAUGUUUCUGUAUCGUCUGAAUUGCAGGAUGCUUUACUAAAAGCUGGUGUAUUAUGGUAUCUCUUACCAUUGCUGCUUCAGUAUGACGCAACUGCUGAGGAGGCUGAUGUAACAGAGGCACAUGGUGUUGGUGGUAGAGUGCAAAUUGCUAAAAACAUGCAUGCUAUCCGAGCAUCUCAAGCUCUCUCAAGGCUCAGCGGUUUGUGUGGUGAUGGAACUUCAACAUCUUAUAAUAAGGCUGCAGCCAAUGCCCUUAGAGCUUUGCUGACUCCUAAACUUGCCAGCAUGUUAAAAGAUCAGUUGCCCAAGGUUCUUUUGUCCAGUUUAAACACAAACUUGGAGUCUCCAGAGAUUAUUUGGAACUCAUCAACCCGAGCAGAACUACUGAAAUUUGUGGAUCAGCAGCGUGCUAAUCAGGGUCCUGAUGGUUCAUAUGACUUGAAAGAGUCUCAUGCUUUUACAUAUGACACACUAUCAAAAGAACUCCAUGUUGGAAAUGUUUACCUGAGGAUAUAUAAUGAUCAACCUGAUUUUGAGAUAAGUGAACCAGAAGCUUUUUGUGUUGCACUGCUUGAUUUUAUAUCUGGCCUUGUGCAUAAUCGAUAUGGUAAAGAUUCUAGUGGUUGGACUAAAUCUGAUAACAAUGAUUUAUCCAUUAAAAAGCCAUCCGAACAUCAAAAUGGUACAGUUGAUGGAGCGGAUAAUGAACAGCAGAGUCUUGAUGAUACAGUCUCCGAUGCAGAAGUUGCUGGCAAGGAGGAUAUGAAACUUUUUAAGAACCUUCAAAUCGGAUUGACCUCUCUUCAGAAUUUAUUGACAAGCAACCCAACUCUGGCUUCUAUAUUCUCUAGUAAAGAACAGCUAGUACCACUUUUUGAAUGCUUUUCUCUUCCUGUUGCAUCAGAAAGCAAUAUAUCUCAACUUUGCCUCAGUGUGCUUUCACUCCUGACAACAUAUGCCCCUUGCUUGGAGGCUAUGGUGGCAGAUAGGGAGAGUCUCCUUCUUUUAUUUCAGAUGCUGCAUUCGGCCCCUGCUAGCCGUGAAGGGGCUCUACAUGUACUUUAUGCCUUGGCAAGCACAGCUGAGCUCGCAUGGGCUGCCGCCAAGCGUGGUGGUGUAGUUUAUAUUCUUGAGCUUCUUUUGCCUUUGCAAGUUCCUUUGCACCAAAGAGCAGCAGCUGCUUCUUUGUUGGGCAAACUUGUUGGGCAGCCAAUGCAUGGGCCCAGAGUGGCUAUAACACUGGCAAGAUUUUUUCCAGAUGGCCUAGUGUCUGUUAUCAGGGAUGGACCUGGUGAAGCUGUGGUUGCUGCCCUUGAGCAAACUACAGAAACACCAGAACUUGUAUGGACACCGGCAAUGGCAACUUCUUUGUCUGCACAGAUUGCAACAAUGGCAUCAGACCUUUAUUGUGAACAGAUGAAAGGCCAUGAUGGUGUUGAUUGGGAUGUACCUGAACAAGCAUCUGGACAACAGGAAAUGAGAGAUGAGCCACAGGUUGGGGGGAUAUAUGUAAGACUGUUCCUUAAAGACCCUAAGUUUCCCUUGAGAAAUCCAAAGAGAUUCUUGGAAGGACUUUUAGAUCAGUAUGUAUCAGCUGUUUCUGCUACACAUUAUGAUGUGACCACCGUUGACCCUGAGCUCCCAUUACUUCUGUCGGCUGCACUAGUGUCUUUGUUGCGAGUACACCUUGCCCUUGCUGAUCAUGUGGGGUACCUUGGAUAUGUUCCCAAGCUAGUAGCUGCAAUGGCCUAUGAAGGAAGACGAGAAACAAUUUCUUCUGGGGAGGUGAAGACCAGUGAUCAUUUGGAUGAGAUUAAUGAAAAUGAAGAUGGGGAAGUGCCGCCAAACACUCAAACUCCACAGGAAUGUGUACGUCUGAGUUGUCUGCGUGUAUUACAUCAACUUGCAGCUAGUACAACUUGCGCAGAAGCUAUGGCAGCAACAAGUAUAGGAACCCCUCAGGUCGUUCCACUGUUAAUGAAGGGGAUUGGAUGGCAAGGUGGCAGUAUACUAGCCCUUGAGACACUAAAACGUGUUGUCGUUGCUGGCAAUCGAGCUAGGGAUGCACUUGUUGCACAAGGACUGAAGGUUGGUCUUGUUGAAGUACUUCUUGGUAUUCUUGAUUGGAGGGCUGGAGGAAGAAAUGUGUUCUGCUCCCAAAUGAAAUGGAAUGAAUCUGAAGCUUCGGUUGGAAGGGUGCUUGCAAUUGAGGUAUUGCGUGCAUUUGCAACCGAAGGAUCCUAUUGUACUAAAGUCCAUGAGAUAUUGAAUUCUUCUAAUGUUUGGGGUGCUUAUAAGGAUCAGAGGCAUGACCUUUUCCUUCCUUCGAAUGCUCAAUCUGCUGCUGCUGGAGUCGCAGGUCUCAUGGAGAAUUCUUCAUCCAGGUUCACUUAUGCCCUUACGGCCCCGCCUGCACAACCAGCCAUUGGUAGACCCCCUGCUUCAAUCACACCCUACUCAAAUGGCAAGCAGGAUCAGCUACCAUGACAAAUCAUUAUGAAAAAAGCUUUUGUCUGACAACCUGGCAAUUAUUGGAGCAUCAUCUCUGUACUAAUUUGUAUAGUCUAGUGUACAUUCUCAACUUCUGUUGUCUUUUUUUUUUAUCUUUAUCUUGAUCCUUAUCGGCUUCUUAUAGAAAAAUUCAGAGAAAGAGAAUCCACAGUUCACAGUUCAUACAUUUUCCCAUGUAAAGAGAACCUGAAAGGCUUGUGUAUCAUAUGCGUAAAUUUUUUCCUAGAGAAGUGAGGUGGUUUUGAGUGAAUUUGUUGUAUAGCCAUUCUCCAUAAAAAGCCAUUCAUCAGGUUUAGUAGUUCAUUCAUUUUUCCAUGUAAAGUGGACCUUAGAUUGGCUAAGAAGGUUCUGUAUUUGUGUGUAUCAUAGCUGUGUUUUUCUAAAAAAGAGAGGUGGUUUUGGUUGAA